ACCGGCCACGUCGGUGCCUGUGAAAGAGUCUCAUCCACCGUGUAUCAGUCAAAAGAUGCACCCGCAGCACUUCGCUCACGCGUUCUAGCUAAAGUAGGCACAUUCGUCAUAACGGCCGAGUGGUCAUCCACAAGUGGGCCGUGAACCGUCUCGGGCAAGACCAGUUAUUGCUCCGUUUCAUCGAAGAGACACUUGACGAAGAUUGCGCCAUAUAUUCAAGACAACAUGCUGGAGCUUGCCGUUGCCGCCUUGCUUCUAUUCAUCGUGCACUGGCUCAUGAAACGAAGAGAUCACUUCAAUUUCUUCAAGAAAUGCGGCAUUCCUGGACCAACACCGAACAUAAUCUUCGGCAACAUCCUGGAGAUGUACAAAAAGUCACCAACCAAGGCUUACCGCGAAUGGAUCGAGAAAUACGGCGAUGUCGUUGGGUACUUCAACGGCUACAGGCCUGUGGUGCUCGUAGCAGACCUGGAUUUGCUGAGGAACAUUCAGGUUAAAGAUUUCCAAGACUUCACGGACCGAGCACUACUGUUUCAGGCUAAGCGACCGGGCAGUCCUCAGAACAAGGGCCUUCUGCAGCUCACCUCGACGCGUUGGAAAGAAGUUCGCAGCGUGCUCACUCCUUCCUUCACUACGAGCAAACUCAAAAUGAUGUCUCCGGGCGUCAUCUCGGCUGUGGAGAAGCUGGUCUCCAAGGUGGACCGCAAGGCGGCAUCCGGAGAAGAGUUCGAGGCUGGCGAGAUGUACGCCGCCCUUGCGUUGGACGUGAUUUGCAAAAGCGCCAUGGGCAUCGACUACAACCUGCAGGACCAGCCACGUCACGGCUUUCUCAUCUUCUGCCGAAUGCUGUUCGGAUGCGCCUUCUCCUUCAUUGCUGUUAUUCUUAGCGCGUUUCCGUCAUGGGAGUCUGGCCUGCGGUUUAUCAAUUCUCACUGGCUUCGACACAAGAACGGCGGUGUCCACCCUUUCAUCGACGUGCAGGAGAAGUGCAAACGCAUUGUGACACAACGCCAACAGGACUCCUCGCUUCGCCAGAAGGAUCUGCUGCAGCUAAUGAUAGACGCAAAGGACGCACACGUCGAUCUGGAUGCCGUCACGUCAGCCCAGCUAACAGCCGCAGAAGACAACGAUCGGGAAUUGCAGAAGAAUGGGGCUGGAGGAGGGGCCAGACGCGACCUGUCUGUCUUCAACAAGGCCGUAUUGGACGAUGACGACAUCACGCAGAACGCUUUCGUCGUUCUUGUCGGAGGGUUCGAGACCACGAGCAACACAAUGGCGCUGGUGACGCAUAUGCUUGUGCACCACCCAGAAGUGCAAGAGAAAGUGCGGGAAGAGCUGCUGUCAGUCGUGGGACCCGACGGUGCAAUCACAUACAACACCAUUCAGAACCUGCCCUACAUGAACAGCGUCAUUCAAGAGACCAUGAGGCUAUAUCCUCCGGCAUUCGCCAUCGUCACUCGUGAGGCUGUCGUCGACAAGCAGUACGGCAAGUUUCGCAUUCCUGCCGGUACUGCUGUCAUGGCUGCAGCAGAGUACAUACACAGGGACCCCCGGCACUGGGAUAACCCUAACCAGUUCCACCCAGAAAGAUUCCUGCCAGAGAACAAGUCGAAGAUCAACACCAUGGCCAUGCAGGCCUUCGGAAACGGCCCUCGAAACUGCAUAGGCAUGCGCUUCGCACACAUGGAGCUGCGGUAUACAUUUGCUCACAUACUGCAGAAAUACCGGCUCGAGAAGACUGAAAACAGCGAGAAGGAUCCACCGAACAUCGAUAUGAACCCCCUCAUACUGAAGAUCAAGAAAGGCGUCAUAGUCAGGGCGGUACCGCUACAAAGCCACGGUGCCGCGGAGGAGUGACAUACACCGGAGAAUUCUAUGCACGCAAAUAGUGAUGCGUUGAUAAGCUUUUGGGGGCGCAGCUAUUUAUUCGGGAGCAAAGUGAAACGACACCGGUGCACUAUGAGUAUUCAACGAGACCCCCCGAUAGGUAGAAAAGUGAUCACGCGUCGUAAUUGAACAAACGAAGGUUUGCCUUUCACAAGCCGAAAUAGCGUCGCAUAUUACCCGUUGCAGCAGCGUAUAUUCUCCAGUGUUAUUAUCCACAAGACCUUAUCUGUCUGGCGUAGCGGCAUAUAUGCCUGCUGAUAAAAGGCAGGAAGGAAUAUCAAGGUGAAUCUUCGAGGGGAACUCAUGCGGCAUUGUUACUUACUUUGCUUAGAAACUUACUAAGCCGACCUAAAUAGUCUGAUUGGAUGGUGAAACUACAGCGCAAUGAAAGAAGGAGUGUUGUUUGGGCGCUGGUUCCCUACCCUUGUAUAAAUACGUGACGGCAAUGUAGAUAUUUUCACGCCAAACUAUAAGUAGGCGUUACCUUUUUUUAUUGGUCGCACGUUAUUAUAGCCAUAACCAAGCCGCUUUUGCCAAUUAAAUGAAAGUAGUACUGACCUAUUGCGAGUUUUAGGCUUUGAAUAUACUACUUAGCUAGUAGUUUAUAGUGUGCUGUUUUGUAGUACAGCGCUUGCUGAGCCAAUAAAGUUUACUUUAAGUGGUG